AUGGCCUCACCCACCUCCACCAACCCAGCACACGCCCACUUUGAGAGCUUCCUGCAGGCUCAGCUGUGUCAGAAUGUGCUGAGCACCUUCCAGGAGCUAUGCCAGGCCCUGGGGCUGGAGCCUGGUGGGGGGCUGCCCCAGUACCACAAGAUCAAGGCGCAGCUCAACUACUGGAGCGCCAAGUCUCUGUGGGCCAAGCUGGACAAGCGAGCAGGCCACCCUGUCUACCAGCAGGGCCGGGCCUGCACCAGCACCAAGUGCCUGGUGGUGGGCGCUGGACCUUGUGGUCUGCGGGCUGCUGUGGAGCUGGCGCUGCUGGGGGCCCGUGUGGUGCUGGUAGAAAAGCGCACCAAGUUCUCUCGCCACAAUGUGCUCCAUCUCUGGCCCUUCACCAUCCAUGACCUGCGGGGACUUGGCGCCAAGAAGUUCUACGGGCGUUUUUGCACAGGCACCCUGGACCACAUCAGCAUCCGGCAGCUCCAGCUGCUUUUGUUGAAAGUGGCAUUACUGCUGGGGGUGGAAAUUCACUGGGGUGUCACUUUCACUGGCCUCCAGCCCCCUACCAAAAAGGGGAGUGGCUGGCGUGCGCAGCUCCAGCCCAAAGCCCCUGCUCAGCUGGUCAACUAUGAAUUUGAUGUCCUCAUCUCCGCUGCUGGAGGUAAAUUCGUCCCUGAAGGCUUCACAGUGCGAGAGAUGCGUGGCAAACUGGCCAUUGGCAUCACGGCCAACUUUGUGAAUGGGCGCACGGUAGAAGAAACACAGGUGCCCGAGAUCAGCGGUGUGGCCAGGAUUUACAACCAGAGCUUCUUCCAGAGCCUGCUCAAAGCCACAGGCAUUGAUCUGGAAAACAUUGUAUACUACAAGGACGACACCCACUACUUUGUGAUGACAGCCAAGAAGCAGUGCCUGCUGCGGCUCGGGGUGCUGCGUCAGGACUGGCCGGAGACUGACCGGCUGCUGAGCAGUGCCAAUGUGGUGCCCGAGGCUCUGCAGCGCUUUGCCCGGGCAGCUGCUGACUUUGCCACCCAUGGCAAGCUCGGGAAGCUGGAAUUUGCCCAGGAUGCCCAUGGGCGACCCGACGUCUCUGCUUUUGACUUCACAAGCAUGAUGCGGGCCGAGAGCGCUGCUCGUGUGCAGGAGAAGCAUGGUGCCCGCCUGCUGCUGGAGCUGGUGGGGGACUGCCUGGUGGAGCCCUUCUGGCCCCUGGGCACUGGAGUGGCCCGGGGCUUCUUGGCAGCCUUUGAUGCCGCCUGGAUGGUGAAGCGGUGGGCAGAGGGUGCUGGACCUCUAGAAGUGUUGGCAGAGCGCGAGAGCCUAUACCAGCUCCUGUCACAGACAUCCCCGGAAAACAUGCACCGCAAUGUGGCCCAGUAUGGGCUGGACCCAGCCACCCGCUACCCCAACCUGAACCUCCGGAGUGUGUCCCAAAAUCAGGUGCGAGACCUGUAUGACGUGGUGGCCAAGGAGCCCAAGCCGACGAGUGACAAGACAGACUCAGGAAAGCUGCCCACUGGGUCGGUGGGCACCCAGGAGGAGCUGCUACAUUGGUGCCAAGAGCAGACGGCUGGGUACCCUGGUGUCCACGUCACUAACCUUUUGUCUUCCUGGGCUGAUGGACUGGCUCUGUGUGCACUGGUGAACCGGCUGCGGCCUGGCCUACUGGAACCCUCAGAGCUGCAGGGGAUGGGAGCUUUGGAAGCAACUGCUUGGGCACUGAAGAUGGCAGAGCAUGAGCUGGGCAUCACCCCCGUGUUGUCCGCACAGGCAGUGGUGGCAGGAAGUGACCCACUGGGCCUCAUCGCCUACCUCAGCCACUUUCACAGUGCCUUCAAGAGCACACCCCAAAAUUCAGGCCCUGCCAACCAAGGCCUGCCAGGGACCUCCAGUGCUGUACUAUUCCUUGGCAAACUGCAGAGGACUCUGCAACGGACCCGGGCCAAGGAAAAUGGGGAGGACGCAGGUGGCAAGAAGCCACGCCUGGAGGUAGAGGCUGAGACCCCAAGUACUGAGGAGCCACCUGUUCCAGAGCCUGGUGUCCCCCUAACACCCCCAUCACACCACCAGGAGGCCAGUGCCGGGGACCUCUGUGCGCUUUGUAGGGGACCCCUCUACAUCCUGGAACGCGUCUGUGCCGACAACUGUUUCUACCACCGAAGCUGUUUCCGCUGCCAUAUCUGUGAGGCCACACUGUGGCCAGGUGGCUACAGGCAGCACCCAGGAGAUGGACAUUUAUACUGCCUCCAGCACCUGCCCCAGCCAGACCACAAAGAGGGUGGCAGCGACAGAGGCCCUGAGAGUCAGGACCUCCCCACACCAGGUGAGAAUAACAUGCCAUCCGGCCCCUCGACUCCUAUCACAAGCCCCAGCCAGCCCAACCGUCGGUUGAUCCGCCUCUCCAGCCCAGAACGCCAGCGUUUGUCCUCCCUUAAUCUGACCCCUGACCCAGAAAAGGAGCCUCCACCUAAGCCCCCCCGCAGCUGCUCCGCCUUGGCUCGCCAGGCCCUGGAAGGCAGCUUUGUGGGAUGGGGAGUGCCAAUCCAGAGCCCUCAAGUUCUUAUGGCCCUGGAGAAAGAGGAAGAAGGGAGUCCCUCCUCCAGUGAAGAGGAGGAGGAGGAAGAGGAAGAUGUGGCUUUGGACUCAGACAUGGAACAGGCUCUGCUGACCCUCGCCAAGAACUCAGGCACCAUGGACAGGUACCCAACAUGGAAGCGGACCCUGCUGCGCCGUGCAAAGGAGGAGGAGAUGAAGAGGUUCUGCAAGGCCCAGGCCGUCCAGCGGCGACUAAACGAGAUUGAGGUUGCUCUGAGGGAGCUGGAGGCCGAGGGCAUGAAGCUGGAGCUGGCCCUGAGGAACCAGAGCGGUUCCCCAGAACAGCAAAAGGCACUAUGGCUAGAACAGCUGCUACAGCUCGUUCAGAAGAAAAACAGCCUAGUGGCUGAGGAGGCUGAGCUCAUGAUCACGGUACAGGAGCUGAACUUGGAGGAGAAACAGUUGCAGCUGGACCAGGAGCUACGAAGCUACCUGAACCGGGAAGAAAUCCUAAAGACAGCGGCUGAUCGGCAGGCUGAGGAACAGAUCCUCAGGAAGCUGGUGGAUGUGGUGAACCAGCGAGAUGCUCUCAUCCGCUUUCAGGAGGCGAGCAGGCUCAGUGAGCUGGCCUCAGGGCCAGGGGCCCAGGGCUAGAAGAGGGUGGGCUGCCUGCCUUCUUCCCUCCAUGGCCACCUCAUCCCAGGACAGUGCCACCGUGCUCACGUGGGCUGCCUGGGAGAGGGGGUCACUGUUUACAAUAAAAUGUUUCUGCCACAAACAGGGCUUUAGGCUGCC